UGCCCGCCCCGCCGUGCUGGCGCUUGCCCGCCGCUUCCGGGGGAGGACGGUGUCGGGCGUGCCGCGCCGGUAAGUUUGUGGGAGCUGGCGGGAAGCACUGGCGGCAGCAUGUCCGGUAACGGGCUCAGCUACAGCGAGCAGGGAGGAGAGGCGGCGCCUGAGCUGGGCCAGGAAGCGGCGACCACCACGACCCCCUCAAUUCCCGCGGCCUUCGGCCUCUUCUGCAGCGACAUCAAGAAAAGAAUGGAACAAAAUUCUACAAUGCUGGGUAAAAUAACAGAGGUGUCUUGCACUAUUAAGUCUGCUCUUAAGGGACAAAACUUUGAGGUUACACUGAAACCAUAUCUAAGUGUAGAAGAACACAGGUUUGCUGCUGAUGGUCUGUAUAAGCAUACGGAGCAAUAUUUUACUCUAAAUGAAGACCUAAAACAAAUGUUGGAAAGCAGUAAAGAUUCUGCAAAGCUGGAUGCUAUGAAAAGGAUUGUUGGGAUGGUUGCAAAGGGAAAAAAUGCUUCUGAGCUCUUUCCUGCUGUUGUGAAGAAUGUUGCCAGUAAAAAUAUAGAGAUAAAAAAGCUUGUAUAUGUUUAUCUGAUGCGUUAUGCAGAGGAACAGCAAGAUCUAGCAUUAUUGUCCAUCAGUACUUUCCAGCGUGCUUUAAAAGAUCCUAAUCAGUUAAUCCGUGCAAGUGCUUUGAGAGUUUUAUCCAGUAUCCGUGUCCCAAUUAUUGUUCCUAUUAUGAUGCUUGCUAUUAAAGAAGCCUCUUCUGAUUUAUCUCCUUAUGUGAGGAAGAAUGCAGCCCAUGCAAUCCAAAAGCUGUACAGUCUUGAUCCAGAGCAAAAGGAAAUGUUAAUUGAAGUGAUAGAAAAGCUCUUGAAGGAUAGAAGUACGCUGGUGGCUGGGAGCGUUGUAAUGGCAUUUGAGGAAGUGUGUCCAGAGAGAAUAGAUCUGAUUCACAAGAACUACAGAAAGCUCUGUAACUUGUUGGUUGACGUGGAAGAGUGGGGUCAGGUUGUUAUAAUCCACAUGUUAACUCGAUAUGCACGUACACAGUUUGUAAGCCCAUGGAAGGUUGAUAAGGUGGUAGAAGAAUAUAGUGAAAAAAAUUUCUAUGAAUCUGAUGAAGAACAGAAAGAAAAGGAUCAGAAAGUGAAAGACACCUAUACUAUGGACCCAGAUCACAGGCUGCUUUUACAAAAUACAAAGCCCUUGCUUCAAAGCCGAAAUGCUGCUGUGGUAAUGGCAGUUUCACAGCUGUACUGGCAUUUGGCACCAAAAUCCGAAGCUGGUAUUGUUUCUAAGUCAUUGGUGCGUUUACUUCGUAGUAAUAGGGAAGUGCAGUAUAUUGUUCUGCAAAAUAUUGCCACUAUGUCAAUUCAGAGAAAGGGCAUGUUUGAACCUUAUCUGAAGAGUUUCUAUGUUAGGUCAACUGACCCAACAAUGAUCAAAACACUGAAGCUUGAAAUCUUGACAAAUUUAGCAAAUGAAGCCAACAUAUCAACUCUGCUUCGAGAAUUUCAGACUUACGUGAAAAGCCAAGAUAAACAGUUUGCUGCAGCUACAAUUCAGGCUAUAGGCAGAUGCGCAACUAACAUCACUGAAGUGACUGACACAUGCCUUAACGGUCUUGUAUGUUUGCUCUCCAACAAAGACGAAAUUGUAGUUGCUGAAAGUGUUGUUGUCAUUAAGAAACUGCUGCAAACCCAGCCAGCACACCAUGGUGAAAUUAUUAAGCAUAUGGCCAAACUCCUGGAUAACAUUACAGUUCCAGUAGCCAGAGCCAGCAUUCUCUGGCUCAUCGGCGAGUACUGUGAACGGGUUCCAAAGAUCGCACCUGAUGUUUUGAGAAAGACAGCCAAGAGCUUCACUAAUGAAGAUGACCUUGUAAAGCUGCAGAUCCUAAAUUUGGGUGCAAAACUCUAUUUAACAAACUCAAAGCAGACAAAAUUGCUUACCCAGUACGUAUUAAAUCUCGGCAAGUAUGAUCAAAGCUACGACAUCAGAGACCGUACAAGAUUUAUUAGGCAGCUUAUUGUUCCGAAUGAGAAGAGUGGAGCUUUAAGCAAAUAUGCCAAAAAAAUAUUUCUGGCACAGAAACCCGCCCCAUUGCUUGAGUCUCCCUUUAAAGAUAGGGACCAUUUCCAGCUUGGCACUUUGUCUCACACACUGAACACCCAAGCCACCGGCUACCUGGAGCUGUCUGACUGGCCGGAGGUGGCACCUGACCCCUCCGUCCGAAACGUUGAAAUAGCCGAGUCGGCAAAGGAAUGGACUGGAAUUUUAGGUAAACCAAAGAAGGAGAAACCCACUGAAAAGUUCUACUCUGAAUCAGAAGAGGAGGAAGAUGAGUCUGCUGGUACCAAUUCAUCAGAGAGUGAGACUGGCAGUGAAAGUGAGGACGAAGAUGAUAAGGAGGAAAGCAGAAGUAAUGAGAGUAGUGGAAGUUCCUCUCCCAGUGAUGAAUCAAGUGACAGUGAAUCAGACAGCAAAGAAAGUACUGCAAAGAAAACAUCUAGAGCUGCUAAUGAAAGUGAUUCAGAGGACACUGAAAAGAAAAAAAAGGGAAUCUCCAAAAAGAUAACCACAUCCAAUUCCUCUGAUACGGAAUCCGCUUCAUCAGAAGAAAGUUCUUCAGACUCCAAGUCAGAAUCAGAUUCUAAAAGUGACUCUGAGCCUGGAAAAUCUAGAUGUACUACCUCUAGUAAGAAAGAAGAAAAACCAGUGCAAGAUAGAACAACUCCAACUAAACAAGACGUGUUUCUCUUAGAUUUAGAUGAUUUCUGUCCUCUGACAACUCCUACAGCAGUUCCUACAGCAGUUGUUUUGUCCCCAAGUUUAACAGCAGAUCUAGAGGGAUUAAGUCCAUCAGGAUCAUCAAUCAUCGAUGUCACUACCCAAGUCUCUGUGCCAACAAAAACACAUGAACUGCUUCAUCGAAUGAGUGGAAAAGGAUUAGCAGCUCAUUAUCACUUCUCCAGACAGCCAGGCAUUUUUGGUGAUCGUAUGGUAUCUGUGCAAGUGACAGUAACAAAUACAACUGAUCACAAGAUAGAGAAUAUUCACAUCGAGGAGAAGAAAUUACCUUCAGGCAUGAGGAUGCAUGAGUUUAGUCCAAUAGAAUGCCUUGAGCCUGCAGGAUCCGUUACCGUUUCAGUGGGUAUUGACUUCUGUGAUUCUACUCAGAUGGCCAGUUUCCAGUUAUGCACAAAGGAUGAUUGUUUCAAUGUUAGCAUUCAACCCCCUGUUGGAGAACUGCUUUUGCCUGUCACUAUGUCAGAGAAAGACUUUAAGAAGGAGCAAGGGAUGCUGACAGGAAUGAAUGAGACAUCUACUGCAAUACCUGUUGCUCCACAGAACUCUACUAGACUUGUAGUAAUUGAGAAGCUAGUGAAGGCAGCAAACCUGGGUGUAGUCCCUUCUGGUCAAGAUAACAUACACAGGAACAAACAGGAAAGCUGCCAUGUGUCAAAAACUGACUGGACACAAAUAACAAUAGCAAGAUGUAAUUGGAAGCUGUUAACCUGGUUUUGGAAUAAGAAAAUGCAUGCAUCUGUCCUAGCAUCUCCUAAAGCUGUUCCAGAGUGUGAAUUACCUGUUUAGCUCCUGUAUUUUGCUAUUUGAAUAAGAGCAAAGUAUCCUCUUUUAAAACAAAGAACAAUGUUUUUCUUUGAAAUUUAGCUGACUGAGAUGGCUGUUUGGAAUAGUGAGAAUCCCGUAGCCUACAUAGGACUAAUAACCUGGUAUUUUUCUUUGUCGGAUUUAGUCUUUUUUGCAUCACUGGGCAUUUGUAUUGCAUUGCAUUAACAUUAACCCAGCUGGAUUUUCCUAUGUAUUUGAUACGGUCAAUGAUAAAAUUCUGUUUCACCAUAAAAAUAUGGUACAGCAAGUGCGAUUGCACUGAAAUGAUUGUCACUAUUGACACCUGCUCCUCCAUGAAAGGGUCCUCAUUUGUUGCAUCCCUGAGGGAUCUAUACAGCCUCAACAUCAAUUCAAAGACUAGGUGAGAGUGUCAAUCAAGAGAGACUGAAGUGUCUGCAGCAUACAGGUGUUCUCCAUCUUUACCUUAUCCAUCACAUGAGACUUAUCGCAUAGGGGUGGAUUGUUUUGUGACUGAGUCUUGAAAAGGCUUCCAGAAGUAAUAGCUUAGUUCCUAGCUCAGCCGUAGGUUUCCUGAUUGUAGAUAAGUUCCUAAUUUGACCUUGCUUUUUUCUUGCUCUUUUAAAAAAAAAAAAAAGAAAAAGAAAAAGAAGAAAGGAAGAGAAGGUUUUGCACAAAACAGAGUCUAUGAGCAGCAAUAAAUAAAUUGAAGAUGUACUUCCUGUUGAGUACGUUCCUUCAGAGACGGUGGUUGAAAACAUGUUACGGUCAGGCUGAAGUAUUCAGAAUGUUUUAGAGCAUCCUGAAACGUUCUUUUCUGGUUUUGGUUUGACUCGAAAUACAAUGUAUUCAGUCUGCCACAGUAUUUACAGAAUAGUUUGUCUUUAUAAUAUCCAUCAGGCAAUAAAAAUUGUUUAUAACAACUUAAAUAGCCUACCAGAAAUACCCAGCAAUGAUAAUCAUUUAGAAAAUAGCCCUUCAUCUUCUUUACCAUAACUGUAGUUCAAAGAUACUGUGUAGUCAUAAUUGCAAAUAGUUUUUACUGAGAACAAGAAUGGGAAUAGUAACUAAUUGAUACUGUGGGGAACCUGUUCAUCUUUUAAAUAGCACUAAAGUAAAUCCUAGAUUUAGGUAAAUGAAUAUUUGAGAUAGAUUAAACAAAACUCUGAAACAAAUAACUUAAAUAUAUAUACACGUAUAAAAGUAUACAUAUAUUUGGAUUAAAUCAACUUUGCCAUGAAAGUAAAUAAAAAUGGAGUCUCUUCUUGCAAAAUCUCA